AUGGACUCGCGGGUGUCGGAGCUGUUCGGCGGCUGCUGCCGGCCCGGGGGCGGCCCGGCGGUGGGCGGCGCCCUCAAAGCCAAGGCGGCCGGCGGCGGCGGCUGCGGGGGCCCCAAGGGGAAGAAGAAGAACGGGAGGAACCGCGCGGCCAAGGCCAACAACCCCCCGUACCUGCCCCCCGAGGCUGAAGAUGGAAACAUUGAAUAUAAACUGAAGCUGGUGAACCCGUCCCAGUACCGCUUUGAGCACCUGGUGACACAGAUGAAGUGGCGGCUGCAGGAGGGCCGCGGGGAGGCCGUCUACCAGAUCGGUGUGGAGGACAAUGGGCUGUUGGUGGGGCUGGCCGAGGAGGAGAUGCGAGCCUCCCUUAAGACCCUGCACCGGAUGGCAGAGAAAGUCGGGGCAGAUAUCACUGUUCUCCGGGAGCGAGAAGUGGAUUACGACAGUGACAUGCCCCGAAAGAUCACUGAGGUUCUGGUCCGAAAAGUCCCCGACAAUCAGCAGUUCCUAGACCUCCGUGUGGCCGUCUUGGGGAAUGUGGACUCGGGGAAGUCGACUUUGCUGGGUGUCCUGACCCAGGGAGAGCUGGACAAUGGAAGGGGCCGGGCACGGCUGAACCUUUUCCGCCACCUGCAUGAGAUUCAGUCUGGCCGAACCUCCAGCAUCAGCUUCGAGAUCCUGGGCUUUAACAGCAAGGGAGAGGUGGUGAAUUACAGCGACUCACGGACGGCAGAAGAGAUCUGUGAGAGUAGCUCCAAGAUGAUCACCUUCAUUGACCUGGCGGGCCACCACAAGUACCUGCACACCACCAUCUUCGGCCUCACCUCCUACUGUCCUGACUGCGCCCUGCUCCUGGUCAGCGCCAACACUGGCAUUGCUGGCACCACCCGGGAACACCUGGGGCUGGCCCUAGCCCUGAAAGUGCCCUUCUUCAUCGUGGUCAGCAAGGUGGACCUGUGUGCCAGGACCACGGUGGACAGAACCGUACGCCAGCUCGAGCGAGUCCUCAAGCAACCUGGCUGCCAUAAAGUCCCCAUGCUCGUCACCUCUGAGGAUGAUGCCGUCACUGCUGCCCAGCAAUUUGCCCAGUCACCCAAUGUCACCCCCAUCUUCACACUGUCCAGCGUGUCUGGAGAAAGUCUGGAUCUGCUCAAAGUCUUCCUGAACAUCCUCCCACCACUCACCAACAGCAAGGAGCAGGAGGAGCUCAUGCAGCAGCUGACCGAGUUCCAGGUGGAUGAAAUCUACACAGUCCCAGAGGUGGGGACAGUUGUUGGAGGGACGCUUUCCAGUGGGAUUUGCCGAGAGGGAGACCAGCUGGUGGUGGGUCCCACAGACGACGGCCGCUUCCUGGAGCUCAGAGUCUGCAGCAUCCAGCGCAACCGCUCAGCGUGCCGGGUGCUGCGCGCUGGUCAGGCUGCAACUCUGGCUCUCGGCGACUUUGACCGAGCGCUGCUCCGAAAGGGCAUGGUGAUGGUGAGUCCUGAGAUGAAUCCCACCAUCUGCUCAGUGUUCGAGGCAGAGAUAGUCCUACUGUUCCAUGCCACCACCUUCCGGCGAGGCUUCCAGGUAACUGUCCAUGUGGGCAACGUUCGUCAGACGGCAGUGGUGGAGAAGAUCCAUGCCAAGGACAAGCUGCGGACAGGAGAGAAGGCAGUGGUCUGCUUCCGCUUCCUGAAACACCCAGAAUACCUGAAGGUGGGUGCCAAGUUGCUGUUCCGGGAGGGUGUCACCAAGGGCAUUGGCCAUGUCACGGAUGUGCAAGCCAUCACCGCCGGCGAGGCUCAGGCCAACAUGAGCUUCUGAACAACUCAACUCCAGCGGUCCCAGCACCGUUGCUGUCCCUACAUAAUAAGGUGACUUCGGGCAUGCUGCCCCCACGUUGGCGGAUGUGUAUUAAAAGCUCAGGAGAGAGGUGCCCGCUGCCACUUGCUCCCUGCCAGCUCUCUGGAGAUGUGCCAAGCUUGGCAUGGCCAGGAAGGGGCAGUCCUGAGGGAGAAGUCAAGGCACUCUUCAGCCACGUCGGCUUGGUUGGCUCAUCGAUCCUGGCCAUCCCUAUGGCCUGUCUGCUGGAGGGAGCUGACUGCUGCUUUGGCCCCGCUGCUGUGGUCCUGGGACUUCAGGAAUUAUCCGCAUCACCGGGGUGGUCCUCGGAAGCACUCUCUUUCAUUACCUCUUCUUAAGGCCCUGUAGGAGUUGCCUGUUGCUACCUGACUCUGGAGAGAAGACAGAUCUCUCCUGGCCCUCAGGUGGUCCAGGGCCUUGAGAAAUGGCACAGGGACCGCGAAUGACAGUAUUCCCACCUGUGCUGAGACAGGAAGCCUAUUUCUCAGCUCGCUCUCCCUUCCCUUCCCUCAAGGCCCUGGUUCCCCGUUUCUACUGUCAAGGCCCCACAGGUGCUAUUUGUCGUGCUGGCCCAGGAGUGGGGCUGCUGAGCUCAGACUUGGCCAACUGGAGGCCAGCUGCAUGUCUACCAGCCCUUCCUCUGCAGUGAUGUUGGUUUGGGUAUUGGGUCAAACAGAAUGUUCUCCUUUCCCUCAGCUUGGGUGGCUGGGGACCUGACCCACAAACUUCUCAUCCUGCUACCCUCACCCCUCUUUUUCUGUUCCCAUGUAUGUCCUGUUUUAAUUAUCUGCAGUGAUUGUCCCUUUCCCUCUGUUGCAGGGAACCUGGAGGGAAGGGAAAGCUGUUGCCAUAAUUUCCUACUUUUCAGGGGAUGGAGUCCCACCUUUCCCUUUAUAGUGUCCUGGGUUCCAUGGGCUCAGGGAUUUGUUUGUUCAUGUUUCUCUGUAUAUGUAUAUGUACAUAUAGACAUAUGUACAUAUACAUAUACAGCAUGUAUACUUAUACAUAUUUAAAAUCACAUAUAUAUUGUACAGAAUAAAAAUGUUUUAUUGAACACA